AUGGCGACUUGCGGAAAUCCUGCACCUGCAUUCAAAUUCGAGCGACUACCAACUAACGCCGAACCUACCCACUACGAUGUUCGUUUGUCACCAUGUCUCAACCAAUUCUCCUUCGAGGGACUCUCUACUGUGGACGUCACUAUCAAGGAAGCAACAGAUGUUCUCAAAGUUCACGCGCAGAGUCUGUUGAUCCAAUCUGUAUCACUCAUUACCAACCCGGGAGACGCAGCGAAAAAGUUGGAUACAACAUACGAUGAUAAGCUUAAUAUCUUAAGUAUCAAGCUUCCAUCUGUCCUCCAGCCACAGAAAGUUCAGCUGGUUUUCAAGUUCAUUGGAGAGCUCAACGACAAGAUGCGCGGAUUCUAUCGUAGUCAAUACAAGGACAAGGAUGGAUCUGAAAAGUUCCUUGCAUCCACUCAGUUCGAGUCAACAUAUGCUCGCUUAGCGUUCCCGUGUUUUGAUGAGCCCAUCUACAAGGCAACGUUCGAUGUGACGCUCGAGGUAGACAGUCAUCUCACCGCUCUUUCCAAUAUGAACGUAAUCUCGGAAACGCCAAGUACUGAUGGGAAACGGAAAGUUGUAAAAUUCGCCACAACUCCAAAAAUGUCAUCUUACCUUGUUGCCUUCGCAGUUGGAGAACUCGAGUACAUUAGUACAAAAACCAAUAGUGGAGUUGAGAUGCGUGUGUACACUGUUCCUGGCAAAAAAGAACAAGGACAGUACAGUUUGGAUCUCUCCGCCAAGUGCAUUGACUGGUACAAUGAGUGGUUCGAUAUCCCAUAUCCUCUCCCUAAGUGUGACCUUAUCGCGAUUCCCGACUUCUCUAUGGGAGCAAUGGAGAACUGGGGUCUUGUCACUUAUCGUGAGAUCGCACUUCUUGUUGAUCCGGGAGUUACAUCUACUCGCCAGAAAUCCCGAGUUGCUCUUGUGGUUGCCCACGAAUUAGCACAUCUGUGGUUUGGUAACCUAGUGACCAUGAAAUGGUGGACUGAUCUCUGGUUGAAGGAAGGAUUUGCUUCAUUCAUGGAAUACAUGUUUGUUGGAGCUAACUGUUCAGAGUUCAAAAUCUGGCUUCACUUCCUGAACGAUGAAUUGGCUUCUGGAAUGGGUUUAGAUGGGCUCAGAAAUUCGCAUCCAAUCGAAGUGGAGAUCGAUAAUCCAAAUGAGCUUGAUGAGAUUUAUGAUUCUAUCACCUAUGCUAAAUCGAAUUCCGUGAACCGUAUGCUCUGUUAUUAUCUAUCAGAGCCAGUUUUCCAGAAAGGACUUCGCAUUUACUUGAAGAAAUUCCAGUAUUCUAAUGCCGUCACUCAAGAUUUAUGGUCUGCUCUCAGUGAGGCUUCUGGACAAAAUGUCAAUGAACUCAUGUCGGGAUGGACGCAGCAGAUGGGAUUUCCAGUUUUGAACGUUACGCAACGACAGGAUGGAAAUAAUCGUGUUCUGACAGUUGAACAACGGAGAUUCAUCUCGGACGGAGGCGAGGACCCGAAGAACAGUCUCUGGCAAGUGCCGAUUACAGUUUCUGUUGGCAGUGCUCCAAGUGAUGUUAAGGCGAGAUUCCUGUUGAAGGAGAAACAACAGGAGUUCGUCGUCGAGGGAGUGGCUCCAGGCGAAUGGGUCAAAUUGAACUCUGGAACAACCGGAUUUUAUCGCGUCGAGUAUUCUGACGAAAUGCUCACCUCGAUGCUCCCUGAUAUCGCUUCACGAAAAAUGCCUGUACUUGAUCGUUUUGGACUAAUCAAUGAUUUGUCUGCUCUUCUGAAUACAGGACGGGUCUCGAUUGCACAAUUCGUUCAAGUUGCUGCCUCCUCUGCCAAUGAGGAUGAGUACGUUGUGUGGGGAGCUAUCGACGAAGGAAUGAGUAAGCUUUUGGCUUGCUCCCGCGAAAUGUCGGAGGAAACUCUGAAAAGAGCCAAACAACUCAUUGUCAAAAUGUUCGAAAAAACUGGUGCCGAUCUUGGAUUUGCCGAACAGUCCGGCGAGGACACGCAAAAGAUGAUGCUCCGCGCCCUCGUUCAAGCCCGCCUAGCUCGCGCCGGUCAUCAGCCAACUAUCGAUAAAUUCAACCAAAUGUUCACGGACUUCCUCGAGAAAGGAACCCCCAUUCAUCCAGAUAUUCGUCUUGCGACUUUCGGAGUCGUUGCAAGAUCGACUGGCAAAGAAGGAUUUGACAAGUUGAUGAACCUCCGUGAAACUACCACCUUCCAGGAAAUCGAGAGACAAGCAAUGAUUGCUAUGUCGCAGACUCCAGAGCAACCACUGCUAGCACAACUUUUCGAAUACGGAUUUGAGAAAAACAAAGUCCGUCCACAAGAUCAACUUUACCUUUUCCUCGGAACUGGAUCUACCCAUAUGGGACAGCAAUAUGCCUGGCAAUAUUUCUGUGAACAUAUCAAAGAAUUCUUGGAAAAGUAUGGAGGAGCCAAUUCGAGUCUAUUCCAGCGUUGUCUCAAGUUUGCCGGUGAAAGUUUCGGUAGUGAACAUCGAGCUGUGGAGUUCCAAAAUUUCUUCUGUAACUGCAAAGAUCUUACCGAUACGGACAGAAAAACUUUGGCUAGGCCAAUUGGACAGACGGUCGAAGCAAUUCGCCUCAACGCUCGUCUCUUGGAGGCUAACCGCUCAAUCAUCGAAAAUCUUCUCAAACAAAUCCACUUCUAA